AUAAGGCGCAGGAAGACGUGGGCCAUCCUCCCGGCCUAUACAGUAAACGGAUACCUGCCUUGUACAGGGAUAAAGGAAGGAUAUUUCAAUCAUAAAGAGUUUGUUGAUUGGAUCAAGCAGCGCCUCCUCCCUUCGCUUCAAGCAACCUACAGGACCCGGCCUAUGGUUAUAGUCCUCGAUAACGUCUCAAUCCAUCAGAAUGAAGCUGUU